UGCGUCCCGCGGAUGUGGCGCGAGCGCUGAUGAGGUUUGCGGAUGUUUGAGGUUACGCGCUCCGCUGACAGACUCAGCAAGGUUGCAGCAGCUGUGGGCCGAGCGGGCGGACUGUCCCAGGCUAUCAUGGAUGACAGCUCCUCUCUGGGCAGAGUGAGCGGCUCCACUGAAUCUGUGUCAACUGUCACCAGUGAGGAGUUUGUUCUUGUGCCGCCCACUGCUGGGGGCUCCCCCUCCAGCUCAGAGGGGAGGCCCAGGCUCAAGAUGUCGUGGAAUGGGAGUGAGCAGUUGGAGCGGGCGAUGGAGGAGGUGCUGGAUGAUGUUUGUGAUGGACCAGGAUCUGCAGAGGAGAAAGGAAGUCCUACAGCACUCAGUUCUCAGAUCAGACCACCCAGCCUGACUUUGGACACUGCUCCUCAUGAAGCAUCAGCAGCAGUUUUGGAGAGUUCAACAGAACAGGAGGAAGACAGCGUGCAGUUCAGUCAACUGUCCUAUCUUGGCUGCACCUGGGUGAAGACCCCUCGUAACGAGACGGAGGCCCAGAAAGCCAUGGCCACCCUGCGGGCAGAGAGCGCCAUCCCCAUCCCUGUCACCCUCCAUUAAUAUUUUUCCCAAUGCAAUUGCUCUAGGAUUGUCGACCAGGCCACUGGAACAGAAAUUGCAUCUUUUCCCAUCUAUAAGGUGUUGUUCUGUGCCCGAGGACAUGAGGGAUCUGUCGAGAGUGACUGCUUUUCCUUCACCGAGAGCUACCGCAGCUCAGAGGACUUUCAAAUCCACGUCUUCUCCUGCCAUAUCAAAGAGGCCGUUAGUCGCAUCCUCUAUAGCUUCUCAACGGCCUUCAAGCGUUUGUCAAAAGCUGCCACAGACAUGCAAGACUCGGUGUUGCCACUUUCCCCUGAUGGCGAUAUCUUCACCUUCACCGUUUCUCUAGAAGUGAGAGAAGAUGAUGGCAAAGGAAACUUCAGUCCAGUUCCCAAAGACAGAGAUAAAUAUUACUUCAAGCUUCGUCAGGGUGUACAGAAAAAGGUGGUGGUCACCGUCCAGCAGAUGACCAAUAAGGAGCUUGUAAUAGAGAGGUGCUUUGGGAUGCUGCUCAGUCCUGGUGAGAAAGUGCGGAACAACGACAUGCACCUCCUUGACAUGGAGUCUAUGGGCAAAAGUGCUGAUGGGAAGGCGUAUGUAAUCACUGGCACCUGGAAUCCAAAUACUCCUGCUUUCCAGCCACUGAACGAGGACACGACAAAAGACAAGCAGGUAUACAUGACGGUGGCAGUGGACCUGGUGGUGACCGAGGUUGUAGAACCUGUUCGGUUCCUCAUGGAGGCGCUAGUGCGGGUCUAUCCAGCUAAUGAGAGAUUCUGGUAUUUCAGCAGGAAGGCCUUCUCUGAAACGUUUUACCUCAAGCUCAAACAGGGCACAGGGAAGGGCAGCCAGGGAGAUGCCAUGUAUGAAGUGGUCAGCCUGCAGAAACAAACAGAAUGUGCAGCAGGAGCACGUGGCCGCCUGCAGUCUCCCACUGAGGAAGAGGAACCAGAAGAAGGUGCGCCACUGUCUAGUUUAUCAGAGUUUUUCUGA